AUGUUUGAUAUUUUUGCUUUGUUUUAUUUGCUUCUCGUAGAAUUACCGAUCGUUUGUAGUAUCAACAUCGAACAAAGUCCUCUAACUGUAAUCGGUGAUAAAAAUGUUACACGUAAAAGUAAUUUAAUUACAAAAUCAUUUUCAAAACUAUCUAUCAAUGGACCAUUUUAUUGUUAUGUUACAUGGAUUGAUAAUGAACAAACAGUAGAUAUUUAUACAGAUAAUAAUAUUCAUCCAUAUGUUAUAGUUCAUAUCGAAAAAGAUACAUUAAAAAUAGCGAUUCAAUCUGAUGGAAAUUUUAAAUUUACUGAUAUGAAUGUUUAUCUUCAUAUACAUCCAACAAUUGAUGACAUCUUCUUAGCUGGAAUUAGCACUUUAUAUAGUACAAAUGUAAUGAAGACUGAUAAUUUAUUAAAAUUACAUACACAAGAUACAAGUAGUCUUAUUCUUCAAUUAGAUAUAUUCAAUAUUGAUGCUCUCUUUUUAUCAGCCGGAACGACUAAAUUAAUGGGCCAUGUAAAAGAUAAAGGAAUAAUUAAAUAUGAUGGUAUUGGAAAUGUUGAUGCAUCUCAAUUAUUUUGUAAAUUUAUCGAUAUUGAAGCUAACGGACUUGGUACUAUAUGGAUAACGGGUACAGAUCAAUGUAAUAUCAAAGCUGAAGGUGUGAGCAUUGUAAGAUACAAUUGUCCUAAUAUACACAAUAUUCAAUUGACUGGUUUGGCAGAAGUAAUUCCAGUUUAA